UGAUUCAGGAUCUGAGGAAAAAAAAGUCUUUCGGCUGUGUUAGGGGAGUGGUGUACACGAUAGAAUUCCAGAAACGGGGAUUGCCUCAUGCACAUAUUUUGUUGUGGCUAUCUGUUGAGGAUAAGUUGCCGUCACCUGAUGAUAUUGAUAGAGUGAUUUCUGCUGAGAUUCCAGAUGUUAACCAGGAUCCGUUGUACUAUGCUGCCGUUGCUGAUUUUAUGAUGCAUGGCCCUUGCGGCGGUGCAGUUAGGUCCGCGCCUUGCAUGGUUGAUGGGAAGUGCACCAAAUACUUCCCCAAAAAGUGGUGCGUUGAGACGUCGGUCGAUGACGACGGUUACCCGGUAUAUAAACGUGUUCGUAAUAAUCGUGUGAUCCAU